AUGAAACUCUUCACGCUCCGCCUGGCCCUGUUCGCCGUCCUGCUCGUCGUGGCCGUGGCCUGGACCAAGGAGGACUAUGAAAUCUUCCGCUUGAACGACGAAGUCACUGCCACGGAAGGACACAAUGUCACUUUCUACGACUUCCUAGGAACCCGCCCCAGCGCCAACCAGGAAGAAAUCAACAAAGCCUACCGCAAGAGAUCCCGUCUUCUACACCCCGACAAGGUCGAGCGUGCCUUUGUCGCCAAUGCUUCCAAGGACAAGUCCAAGGCCCAGAAACAAAAGGGAGGCACCAAUGUGAACAAAGGCCCCUCGAGGCGCGAGAUCGAGAAAGUCGUCAAGGAAGCCACCGAACGCUCCUCCCGUCUGAACACCGUUGCCAACAUCCUCCGAGGCCCCUCCCGUGAACGCUACGACCAUUUCCUCAAGAACGGAUUUCCCAAGUGGAAGGGUACAGGAUACUACUACUCGAGAUACCGUCCUGGCUUGGGCUCUGUGCUGGUCGGUCUGUUUUUGGCAUUUGGCGGUGCCGCACACUAUGCUGCUUUGGUUCUCAGCUGGAAGCGCCAGCGGGAGUUUGUGGACCGGUACAUUCGUCAUGCGAGACGGGCUGCUUGGGGUGAUGAGAUAGGCGUGCGUGGAAUUCCGGGCAUUGACUCCACUGCUCCUGCGCCUACCCCCGAGGGAGACGGUGAGGCAGCUGCCAUGCCGAUGAACCGCAGACAGAAGCGCAUGAUGGAUCGGGAGAACAAGAAGGAGAAGAAGGAUCCGAGGGCAACUUCGCGUAACAACGCCGCUGCACCGGCCGCCCCGUCGACCACCGAGCCCACCGGUGAGCGCAAGCGUGUCAUCGCCGAGAAUGGCAAGGUGCUCAUUGUCGAUUCGGUCGGCAAUGUCUAUCUGGAGGAAGAGAGUGAGGAAGGCGAGCGCCAGGAGUUCCUGCUCGACAUUGAUGAGAUCCAACGUCCUACCUUCCGUGAUACCAUGAUUUUCCGUUUCCCGGGAUGGUUCUACGGAAAGACGGUCGGACGAGUCCUUGGAAGCAGAAACGCCGAGGAGGUCGUUGAUGAUGAUGCCAGUGAAGAGGAGAUGUCAGAGGCAGCCGCAUGGGCUGUCCCAGAGACUACCUCUGCGUCGACCUCUAACGGCAGGUCAUCUCGACGAAGGGGGAAGCGGUCACAGAGGUCGUAA